UCACUCAUCAAAGCGAGGGAACACCCGCCAACGUUUGGCAGGUGGCCGCAGUCUUAUGGGUGUAGAUGCCAUUUGCACUAGCUUGGAUGAUGCUCGUGAUACCGUGGUCUACUGCAGCUUCACUGAGAAACGAUGACCACACGGAAGGUGAUUGGCCCGUUAUAGGUAUGAGCGAGGUGCACGGCGACGCAGUCCAUAGGCAACUCUUCUUCCUCGACAGGCUGGGCCUUCUCAUCUGUUUGCUGGCCCUCUCGAGGGCGCCACCUUCAAGACGCGAUGACAUCUUUUUCCAUGCUCAUGUGUCUCACGGUGAAGCUCUCCCAAUCAGACACCAGAUGUUGCUCCAGCUCAAGAGGCCUUCUCUGUGCAAUUCACCGCCAUGUCCAUGGCCACCCAGUCCCUGGAUUCUUGUCUCAGAUAGUGCACCCCACACCCAAGGUGUGCCGCCGGGGGUGGCGCCGUGACUCCACGCGCGCAGCCCCGGAAGGACCUUCUGGUGCGUGUGGCGUGGGCUAGACCCGAGCGACCUCCGCUUAUCGUACCACCAGCGAAGCGGUCCAGCCACCAGCGAUGCCAAGCCGUGAAGCUAGCUACCUCGAAGGGCAAUUUGAGAUCGCUCUGUGAAAAAUUUCCAUUGAAAUACUCCUC